CAGCUAAACACAUGCACAUGAAAAGGAUCAAUUUAUUACAAUGAAAAAAGAAGCACUUUUGGUUCCUGCUGCGCGAAUCGACUCACUCAAAAGAGUCGAUUCAAGGGAGCCGACUCAUAAUGAUCGCGACUCUCCCGUGGCUCGUUAACGGGAGGAAACUGAACGAGUACGGCAAGUCUCGGUUAGAAUGUCAACACUUGCUUCGGGUGUGAAGUCAGACUGCUGUCAGAGCAACGUGAACACCGAGCGAGGGAGUGCGUCUGUGGAAAACUCAUCACCGGAGAGAGAGACCGCGGGGGGUUUCCAGGAAGCAAGAGGGAAGAAAUGUAUCACCAGAGCGUCGACUGAGUGCAUCCAAACCAUUAAGGAUCUGCACAUCAGGCGGAGGACACUUCUGAAGAGCAAAGGGGAGUGGGGCAGCACUCCGGAGAAUCAGGACGAGUGUCGUGGUCAGCUCUGCUUCACGUCAUUCUUCUCACUGAGGUUCCCAUCUACUAGGAGAGACAAUUACAGGACAAACAUCCGCAUUGCUACAAAGCUGAGAAGUAAUGAUCUGCACACGAAAUCUGAUGCAGAAACAAGGGUAGCUGAUGUACAACAUCAAGAGUUUGGUGAAAAGGAUUUCCUAGUCGCCACGUUAAGAGAGUCAACUGGUACAACAACUAAAGAUGAGGAUGUGUCGAAAUCACAAAAUGAUGAUACCAUCUAUUCAUGGGGAAACCAUGAGCAUGACAUAUCCAGUCAUAGACCCUCGGAUGGUAUACAGCGUGGCUUAGCCCUCUGUGAUCAAGGUCAGCCUGCAAAAAACUGCACACAGCGACAAUCCUCAGGCUGUGAGCACGUGACAGAGCUACGAAUCACCGAGAUUGAAAGUGUAGAGGGACAAUCAGGAGUUAAUGACCCUCUAGGACAGAAUGCGGAAGGAACGCUUUCUCACAGUAAUCUAAUCCCUUUUAGAGAGGAUACUGGUUCAAAGGCCGACUCUGACUGCCAUGUCUGUGCAUGUUCUCCCAGAGCAAUAAACCAGACCUUAUCGCUGCCCUCAUUCCCAGCUUUUCCUUAUGGUAAAAAUCUGAAAUCAGAUUUGAUCAGUUCCACUGCCACAAUGUUUACUUCUACCUUAGUCUCCGUUCUUGCUCCUCAUUGGAGCGGGCGCCUUAGGAGACACAAGCGAGGCUUUAGCGAUGUUGGACCAGAUAUUGCGCAAAAUAUGAACCUGGCUGCUUCGAGUCAGAAUGAACAGCAACAGCAAUUUCCCCUCCAACAGAUACAGGCAUGGGGUGAACCAGUCAACGACUUCAGUAGUAGGCUCAGGGGAUCAGCAGGAACCAGCAAGAGCUCUGUUGAAUGGCAAAAUGAAAGCUUCUCACAUCUCUCAGAAUCGGAAAAACAGUUUUUGAAAAACAGUUCUUUGAGAAUGAACAGGCAUGCCAUGGACCAAACAACAGAAUUUGGCAACCCUAUUCAUGUGUCAGUGGACUCCAGUGAGGUGCCUAGGUCCACCUUGUCCCUUCAACUUAGUGACUACAGAAGGACGACACAGUCAGUGGAUCAUGGAGAGUCCUUCUCUUCACUAAGGUCUAGGCCAACGACAAGCACUUUGCUUUUGUCUUCUAGGAGGUUGAACUCAAGAAAACCCAGUCCUGAGUCUUUUCAAAUGGAGAAGCAGUUAUCUGCAUCCAUCAGCUCUCUAAAUUUACCUAGUAAAAGCAUAUUGAGGAUUUCCCAACCACAACCCAACCUGGUUUCCCCAAACGAUCCAGCCAAAGAGACACUUGUGACAAAAACUAUUCUUGCAUCUCCUGAACAUCUCUCAGGUACACACAAACCCAAACCAUUCUCCCCAGAAUGGGGAGAGAUGGACUCAUCAAGGAAGCAGCGAUAUUUAAUCACGGGGGAUUUUGACAUGGUCAACAGAACUCCUCCUGCUACAAAUGAUACAACAAGGGAAAGGCUGUCUUCAAACUAUGCAACAAGAUUCAACCAAUCAGAGACCCUCAGAUCUGUUCAGGAUCAUAGAGCAGUUGACCGGCGCAUCACUGACAAUAAAAAUUUGCAGGAUUCAAAUAGUAAGUUCCCAGAAGGAUCUGCUUGGAUUUCUCCAAAGGAAAAUGCAAAUAGUCGAUUUGUUUUCCCACAAAUUCCCUCAAACUUGAAUUCUGAUAGCAUACUUAAGAGACAGAUCAGCAAGAUAUCAAUGACGAGCACAAAUCUUGGACCAGGCACUUCUGUGCGGUCUAACAGUAUCAACAAUAUGAUAAAAUCGAAUAAGUCCAGCACUAUAAACAGCAAACCUAGCCCCAGCGCAAUCCAGUCAAUUGCCACCAAUCCCUCUGGCAGUUUAACUCCUGCUCCCCUGACUCAGGCUGACCAAAACAUCAUUAAGAACUCAAGCGGUUUUGAUAAGCCUUCAUUAAGCCCAGUGAACUCUAUAGGGAUGAGAACAUUUACAGAGAGUCUUAGCUUCUCACCUCGGAAAGAUUCUUCUAUAGAAGGAACAAGCCCAUCUCAAUUAUGGUCAAACUAUCUGAACUCUAAGAGGCAGUCAAAGGAAUUAAAUCAAAGCCCUUUAGGUCAGUCGAGCCCUUUAUCCCCAUCUGAGUUUAAGCCCAGAAGAGUUUGUACUCCAAGCAUCUACAAAUACCUAAGGGAAACAAGUCCACCAGCACUGAGCUCUCCUAGUCCUCAAACCUCAUCUCUAAAGCAAAUACAAGAAGAGGAUAAUAAUUCAAGAAACCUAUGGUUCACUUUUGACUUAAGCCCAGUUGAAUCACGUGAUCCACUUUUGAAUCCUGACUGCAGGUCCACCAGUGCACCACAAUCUCUGCAACCUGAAACUGGCAGUAGAUCAGUGUCUCGUCUUAGUAAAUCCCCUUACUCCACGCUCAUCUCUACAAGAGCAGCAGUUAACAGCCUUUCCUCUCCACCUGUGACGCACCAGCACGGUAGAUCUUUUUCUUACGAUAGUUCACCAGUAGAUGCUAAGUCUCCUAAGGCUGAGAAAAGAUCUUAUACUUCUGUCCUCAGAGACCGACUGAGUCAAAAGAAAUCACCACUGGGAGAGCCAGUGGGUUCUACUGAUAUCCAGUUUACAGCGAAAACAGUUUCCGUCUGUCAAGAUGACAUCUCAGAAAGCUCAACAGAUUCAAAGUUCCCAGGCUGUCAAACUAACACCUUAAUCCUAGAUGCUACACACCCAAAACAGACUGACCCUGUCAUUAAAAUUAUCCCUCAUGAGGGACUUAAUGGUAUAUUUUUGUCUAAGGAUGACAAAAGUAACACUUAUGCAACUGACAGGUUGAAUUCCAAAGAGCUCUCUGUGCCACUAGGGACAUCCCCAGUUAGCGAGGCGGUGCAAAAAAGAGGAGUAUCAGAAAUCUUACAAACAAAUGGGGCAUUCCAGGCAAGUCAGAGUGCUAACUCAAAGAGGAGCCUCUUCUCAUUAAGAGGUAAGAAAGAUAAUGUUCUGGCGUCAUCUCCAUCUGCAGAUAAAGAGGGUUUGGCUGUUAGAAAGGGUGAGAUGACAGGACUUAAAACCACCAAGAGAGUGGACCAGGUGUUAAAUCGUUUGAGACUAACAUUUGGUGGCAAAUUUUCAGAAGACAGUGACACGACAAGUAGGAGAAAGACUAAAAAGGAGGAAGCUUCAAAUGUUAAGGCUUAUGAAAGCAUUAAGAAGGAAAAAGAAAGUGAUGAUCUGACAGUUAGGAGACAGACUAAACCUGAAGAGGUUUUAGACAUCAAGGCUUCAGAAAUAAGUAGGAAACUAGACCAAAUGGAUGAUCUGACAGUUAGGACACAGACUAAACCUGAAAAGGUUUCAGACAUCAAGGCUUCAGAAAUAAGUAGGAAACUAGACCAAAUGGAUGAUCUGACAGUUAGGACACAGACUAAACCUGAAAAGGUUUCAGACAUCAAAGCUUCAGAAAAAAGUAGGAAACUAGUCCAAAUGGAUGAUCUGACAGUUAGGACACAGACUAAACCUGAAAAGGUUUCAGACCUCAAGGCUCGAGAAAUAACAAGGAAUCUAGACCAAAUGGAUGAUCUGACAGUUAGGACACAGACUAAACCUGAAAAAGUUUCAGACAUUAAAGCUCCAGAAAGAAGUAGGAAACUAGACCAAAUGGAUGACCUAACAGUUAGAAGAAAGACUAAAAAUGAGAUGCUGUUAGACAUUGCAACUUCUGAAACCAAGAGGAAGUUAGAGCAGAAGCUUUCUGUGAGUCAAACUUUGAAAUCUCCCACCUCCCCAAAUACCCAAAUCACCUUUGCUGUAGAAUCUUGCAACUCUUCUGACCCGUUAAGUUUCAGACAUGAAAAACAAGACAACUCGCCAAAUAUGGAUGAUCACGAAAGACUAAUGGAGGAAAGCAGAAAUCGAUUCCUGGCUAGACCCCCUAGCCCUAACUGGCCUAAGCCUGAUAAUAUCAACUGCUAUACCACACUGCCUCCAGGCAAAAGAUCCAGACUUGGCCCGUCUCCGAAGCUUUCUCCAUUUGAAUGUUCUUCAGAAGAUGAACAUAAUAACGUGUUUUUCAACGAUGUCCUAACAAAUAGAAAUAACACCUCUCUUGCUGAGCCUGAGAAUGUUGCUAAACCAGACAACAUUGUAAAAGUUGGGGGACAGAACUCGACAGGGGUGGUGGUGUCUUCUCCCUGUGCUGAUCUCAAGUAUGGACUGCAGCAUAGACGGUCUGUCUCGGUUAGCAGUGUAGUCUCAGGGCGUCCGUCAGGUCCUGGACGAAUCUCGACAGGAUCGAGGCAAGGCAGCAUCAGCGACUUGAGCAGCUUGGACAGCUUUGUAACCAAGAGCCAGCAUUCAAGUAUCAACAGUCCAGUCGGUUCACCUGAGAAUGAUGUCACAGCUUCCAGUGGCCAUAUUUCUUAUAAGGGACCUACAGGAUGGUUAGCAACAGAGGGCCAUCUCAGGAGCCCAGAUAACCUGGAGGCUUUCUCAUUCCCAUGGGAUAUGGAAGCAGAUCCAACACCACCCCCUUCUCCGCUGCACACUCGACGUAUAUCCCAAAUCCCCAGCCCCUCUUCAGCUAGCAACAGGACCUCGCCAGAUAGCUUGUCUCCUCGUGGACUUUUGCCUUCUAGGAACUACAAGUCCAUGUUGUCUGCUUUUGAGGAGUCAGGUUCAGAGACCACUACUGAUGAUGAAUACUAUCUCAACAGUGAUGACGACGAUGAGAAAGAAACAGAACUUUAGUGGAUAAUAUUGCGUGUCGUGAAUGAAGUUGCGCAUGUUAUUUGUGUGGUUAUGGUUUUUGAAUGCCAAUGUUUUGUAUUUGUGCACUUUGAUCAGUCUCCCUCAGGAACAAAACACAAUAACAAUGUCAUAAUAUGUCUUUCCACAGACACUUAGAAAUCAUAAAAAAAAAACAUCUCCGUCAUGAUGAAACUAGUGAAUGUAAUGUGAUGAAAAUCAAUGUGAAAUCAACAAACUGAAGCACUUGUACAUGCUCCUGUUUAAGCUUGCCCUGGCAUGGUUAAUUGCUUCGACCCAAGUGCCAUGUUUGAACCCAUUUUCAGUUUGAGAUUGUUAUUGAUAAUCAAUCAUGACAGUUUAUGCACUGUAGGAUCACAGAUGAUAUUUAGGUGGUGUGUUUUAUAAGAUAUGUAGCUUUUUUUUUUUAAUCGUUGCACACAGUUUGCCCUUCUUAUUGCGUCAUUCCUUCAAGCAGAUAGCACUGGUAGUGUAAAUGAUAAAUCAUUUUAGUAUUAGCAGAAAAGGUGAAAGCAAGAUAUUUUUUUUGGAACCACAGAACAAAUAUUAGAGUGCUUCCUCAACUAGGAUAAAUUAAAUAUAACUAAAAAAAUCGUAUCACGAUACUUGACAUUUUUUACAACAGUAUUUUUUUUUGCUGAGAUUUUGCUAACAAAGCAAGACAUGAAGUACUAGAAGUCGUUUUAUAAGAUUGGUUUAAAUUUCAACACAAUUUUCAAAACAAAGAAAUUUUUAAUGCGGAAAAAUAAGAUGACAAAGAUCUAUUUUAAUGUUUAAUCAGCUCCUUGCUACUUUAUCUUCCUCCUGAUUUUUAAGUCAGAACUGCCAAUAAGCAUGAUACUUACAGAAAAAUAUAUUUUGAUAUAAUUCAUUGCGAUAUCAACAUAUCACUCACUCCUGCUGUGAGUUUUGUCUUGGAAUUAAUAGAGCUUGAAAGGAAGUUGGUAAUAAAUCCUAGAAAAUAUUUUCUAAAAUAACAUAGUAUGUGUUAAUUUAAUGCAAACAGGACAAACUAAACACAUAUGAAAUUCUGUGUGUCACUACAUAGAUGAACUACAGUUUGAAAUUUUAGGAUUGCACAACAUAUUGUUUGUUAAUUUUUUGCAGUAUUGGUUAUGACAUUGCAGAAGCCUGCAGUAGGAAAAUGUGAACAUGGUUUCAACAAACCACAUUUUCCCUGUGGGUGUUUUUAUAAAUUGUAACUUUGAUAUGAUCCAAGAAAAACAGUUCAUUUUGUUCAGAUGAAUGCAGUGAAAUGGUUUAUUCAGUGUAAUCCAGUACUCCAUAAGUAAGGAGUAAAUCACUUGGGGGUGUGCUGUUAUAUAAAAAUAACUAACAACGGGGUGUGGUGUAUUAUACGAAGCGGGGUAACAGUUAACUCCCAGAAGUGGAUUAUUUUCCUUUAACAGCACGUCCUGCAGUGUUUUAUUCCUCUGACACGAUGGCAAUUUGCCAACAAUUUUUAAUUAAUUUAUUGAUCAACAACACGCCGUGCUUUUUAACCAAUUAUAGUUAUAUUUAAUGUUGUGGAACGUCCAUAUUAGAACAAUAAAAUAAAAUUCAACCCAGCUCAGCCAAUCAGACUUUAGAACCAAACUAUGUCUUUAUGACAUACAAUAAAUAAUAAGCACAUGUAUGAGUCUUUAUUAGGCUAAAUAAAGAAGUGGCCAUAAUAACUGCCAUUACAAUACCCUAAUCCGUCCUAUACCAGCGCUGAUAAUAAAUAGAGGCUUGUUUGUAUUGGUAAGUUAGGAAUGUAUUAACGUCACUAUUAAACGUCAUCGCAAAUGGACAAUAUUUUUGUAAGUGAAGGCCUCACUGUAGAGUUUAAGCUACACACCCACCACAUUAGACAGUUUUGUGCUGAGCCUGUGGGAAAGGAGUGGUGAGCAGGUCCAAACAGUAACUCAGUCAUCAUGAAUGUCAUUAAUGAAGCCAGCCCUGAGAUCAAAAACAGGCUGUGUGUGUGUGAGUGUGUGUGUGUGUGCGUGUGUGCGUGUGUGUGUGUGUGUGUGUGUGUGUGUGUAUGUGUGUGUGUGUGUACAUUCAGAAGCUAUCUUAACCACCACCAGUGAGCUUGUGUUGCUGUGUUGCUUUGGUGACAUUUGUUUGUUCUCCUCCAGUACACGUGUGGAAAACGAGGGUUUGGCAGAACUAUUAGUGAAAAUCAUUGCAAUUAUAUGCACGGUAUGACGUUGUGUACUGCUUACUUGCAUGGAGAAGGGUGUAGAUUGGACUGAACAGCUUGACGCUUAAAUUUGAUUGCUGAUCCUGGUGUCUGAUUAUCACAUAAAGGUAGUGAGAUAUAUAUUUUUUUUUAAUCCUCCUUAUUAAACUGAAGGUGUAUUUGUACACUUAUUUUAUAUUUUCUUAUAUUUUCUCUGUGUUUGAAGCUGGAUGCGUGCUGCUGUGCUGUGCAAUAAAUAGCGAUGCCUUAUAUUUGUACUUAUUUAACAUUUAAAUAGUAUAUUCUUUAUAACAUGUUUAAUUUCUUCCAUUUGUUUACACAUCUAAGAACCUAAUAUAACCUUUUAAUAAAUAUUUUCUAUUUUUUCAAACUUUUAAAAUGAAGUGUAGGAAUGAUACGUGGAAUGUACUUUUGCAUUUGUGUUAUUGUUGUUCGUUUUUAGUAAUCGGCACUGUUACGAUUAUGAUGUAAUAAAAAAUUUAAAGAUUUUCCUUUA